CCUUCCACACCGCACUGUUGAGUGUUGUUGUCGUCAAGCGCGCUGAGUCCUGCACCAGCUCCCCAACCCCCUGUGCCGCCCUCGCGCUGUCCGCAGCAAGUGCGAACCCUCGGGAUGAGAUCGAAACAGGAAUAAGACCGUGUCCUCGUCCUGGAGCAUAGACUGUGACGCCCGAAUACGUCGCGGAGGUGGUGUGGCUUCUGGUGUUGUGGUGGUGCUGCCGCCGCCCUUGCCAUUUUGGUGAUUUUGGCCGUGAUCUUCGGCUGGCUGGAGCUCCCAGCCCACCAGAGGCCCGGUCGUGCCGAGCCCUUGCUACCGUGCUGUUCUAGUCGGUACGGCGUUUUAAAGUGUCGGUGGCACCAUCACAACUCGAGGCGAUUGUGAGGGCCUGCCAUUCGUACCCCGUUUGGCCCCAAUGACUUUGUGUGUGAGUGUGAGUGAGUGCGCUGCAGUGGACCUGGGCCGAGAGGAGGCCAAGUGAUGGGCUACGGCUGCCCUUCGUCCAGCCGCCUGUAGCCUUGCUGUAAAGACCCCAAUGUUCAUAAACAAUUGAUGUUUUCUGGAUUGGCACAUUUUUGUUUGUUUUCAAAAUGGAUACCUCUGUUGUGGAGCACCCUGAAAGCACCCAGUCUCUCACUAGUUUACUGGAAGAGGUUUGCCAGCAGCGUGACAACCAUAAUAACAGCUCAAAUUCUGCCAGUGACGAUGGGGACUCAGUAGAUCACAUUCAUACUCAAGAUAGAGACUUUAUUUGCAGUGAAGAUGGGGAUAAUUCUUCUUUGUGUUUUGAGACGACUAUUAUAGAAAUGGAGGAACUUAUUGGUAAUGAGGAGGAAUUUCAAGAAUUUAUUCAGUUGAUGGCUGAAAGUGAAAAGUCCGAAGCUAAGAAUUCUCCUACUACUCAUCCAAUUUUAGAUAUUAACUGUAAUGAAAUCAAAGACAAGACUGUGAUCCCAGUUAUUGACAUUUUUAGCGACGAUGAGGAAGAAGCAGACUCUAUGGUCUCUCUUGGACUUUCUAAUACAUUUGAUAGCUUGGGUUCACCAGUUUCUAAUACUAUAUACAAAGAUAGUCCCAGAGUACCAAGUCCCAUAGCUCCUUCUCUGUUACAACCUACUAAAUCUGACUUAUUAAGUUUGGGAGUCAAAAAUGUUUCAGCUUCAUAUCUUGACUAUAUAAAUCCUGAACCUCCCUCUGAUCUUUCAACAAAUUCAUUAGUUCUUGAAACUGAUAGAUUGUGUCCAUUGGAAAAUUACAACAAAGGCACAUUUGAUAAACCUCUCCUGCCAGAAUCUAAGUUUGAGACACUUUACAAAGAUUCUAAUCAAGUAAAUGAAAAGUUUUCUUUGAAAUUUAAAGAAGAUUGCAUAAAAGAUUCUUUAUUAGAUGAAAACUGCAAUACUCUAGGAUAUUGCUCAGAGUUUACUUCCAUUGAUUCGCCUUCUCCAAAAACUGAGGAACUUCUGUUGGCUGGAUCUGAUUCAAGUGAAACUCGUAUUCAAACACGUGAUUCCGUCACUGAAACAUCGCCAUGCAAUAUCAUAGCACUCGCAGAGCCAGUCAGCUAUGAAGUGACUCCAGAUGAAGUUAGUGAUGUCAUUGAAGCACUUUUAAUGAAGAGCAGUGCACUUGCAGAGCCUGAAAUUUCAGUGCCAUUGAAUGGUGAUGUGUCUGAAGACAUUGGUACCAACACUUUGUCUUUGUCAUUUUAUGACAAAUUAGACAUAGAACCUUAUGAAGUGGGUGAAUCUGCAGAAUACGAUCAACCUGUACCCCUCCCAUCCCCUCCACCUGCAACAAUUGUUGAAGAAUUAGUUAAAGAAUCAUCCACAUUACUUUCACCCUCUGAUAAUGAGUCUCAGGGUAGAAGUGUUGAAAUUAACUCAACUCAUUCACCAGAAAAACCUAAUUCUCCUUGCCAAGCUGAGACUGUUCUACCUUUCCUCUCUGAUUCCACAUUGAAAGAAAUUGAUAGUGUGUCAAAACCUGAUGUGGAAAACUUAGAUUGUGUUUCUAGCAAUGCUGGUAAUAGCAACUCUGAUCCAUCCAGUACUAGCCCCCCUCAAGACCUUCAAAACUGGCAAAUACCUUGGGUGAGCACAGAUGAUGCCGAAAACGCUGACAAUAAUGAUCCUGAGUGGGACUUGCUGAGAAAGUUGGAGACAGAUGAGGAGCGGUAUAGAGUUGUGAGAGAACAGUGGCGUCAACUUGAAAUUCCCGAUCCCAGACGUGAUCUCACAUGUCACAACUAUAGGAGAAAUCGCUCUGCUCAGUCUUCAAGGGGAACAAAAACUGGUAACUUACAAGUCAGACAGGCUCGUAAGAGGACAAGAUCGGCAGAUGAUAAUGAGGAGAGCGCUUGCAAGAGAAGAAGAAUGCUAUCUUGCACUGUAAUGUUUGAGUCUCGAAUUAAUGACUUGAAUAGCCAAAUAAAUAAUCAGUUCAUGCAGCUUAAGGCAGAACAUGAUCAAGAACUUCAGCAGUUAAGCAUUCAACAACAGUUGGAGCAUCAAAAGUUUAUAUAUUCAUCUGCCCCAGCCCCAGGAUACAUUGUUGAAAGACAAAUGAAUGCAAUCUUAAUGGAGCAAGACAUGCAAAUUCAAGAAUUGAAUAGUAAAUAUGAUGGGAUAUUGCAAAAAAUUUCAAAGGACAAACAGGAUGCCAUAUAUGUUUUAAAACAAGCGAGUAAGGAGGUAUUGGCAUUCAAUAAAUUUUACAACCAUUUGGGAGACUCCUAUGAUAAUCACUGUGAUAUCACAGAGGAAGAGUUACAGCAAUUUCAAGAGACUGAAGAAAUGUAUGAACUAUACGAUAAUAUAUACACCGGUUAGUGAAUUAUGUAUUAUGUUAUUUCAAAUUGAAAACGUACUGAUCUAUUUUCUACAUACUUUUAUCUAUUUAUGGCAAUUUUUAAUUUAGUACAGCCUAUUUCAGUCUGAAGCUGUUAUACUUUAGACAAGUGAAUUUUGGCUCCUAUUUUUGAGAGAUAUAUUAUCCUUUCCUUGUUUGGUUCAAGAUCAUGUGAUACUUAUAUCCUGAAUAAUCUUUUUCCUAUUUUGGCUGUCAUUGAUGCUUUUUUUGAAAGACAGAUUUGCCAAAGUUUUUCUUUAUAGGAAGUCAACAAAGUUUUAUACUUUGUAAUUAACUAUUACUGAGUAAUAAGUUUAAGGUUUAAUGCUGUACUAGAUGUAAGUGUAAACUGUGAUCUCCCAUAGAUUUUGUUUUUGUCUCGCUGGAGACAUUAGUAGUACGUACAUUUUCCUUUUGCCCAAGUAUUUUAUUGCUUUUUUUUUUUGCCUUAUUUGUUAUUUGUAGAACAAGGCCUUUUUGAGUAAAUUGGCCGAUUAAUGUUUGUAUGGUUGUGAAUUUGUUCUAGGCAGCAAUGUAUUUAUCAAUUUUAUAUAGUAUCAUUUCCAUGUUAAAUUCUUCUGUUCAAAUAUAACAUGUACUUUCAAUUUUA